AUGAACAACGUUGCCAUUAGCUCAAAUUCGGCGCCGCCCGCUGUCGAGGACAUUUCGGCCAUCACAAAGACCAUUUACGAAAGCAAGACUUCGCAAGAGUCGCUCGACGCCGCCUACGCUCUCUGCGAUGUUCUCCUAAACUCGGUCGGUUUCCGCGGUCUCAACGACUACAAUGUUUUGCAAGACGUCAAGAAGGCCGCUGCGGACAAGAAGAAUAUUGGCCGCCGCGAAGGCGCCAUGUUUGCCCUGGGUGCCAUUUUCGAAAGAUUCCCCAGCAAGCAGCGCCUGAGCGAGGUCGUCUUCCUCCUUCAACACGACUACCUCUUGCCCAUGGCUCUCGAUGCCAUUGCCGACAAGACUCCCAGUGUUCGCGACGGAGCCAAGUACGCUAUCGAUGCUCUCUACAAGGAGCUCGGCGCCGAGGCCAAGGUCUAUGGUCUUUUGCCCAUUCUCAUCAAAUACCUCCGCAAGGGUACUGCCAAGUGGCAAAGCGCCGUUGUCGCAUACGAGCUGGUUGGUCGCAUGGCCGACGACGCAAAGAUGGGCAUGGAAAGUCUCGAGGCUGAACAGGCCAAGGAUGUUCUCCGUGAAGCCAUGGGUCGCAAGCUCGAGGAUCUCAUUCCCAUUGUCGAGGGUGGUAUGCACGACCUCAAAGCCGAAGUCUCAAAGGCUGCCAUCAAGUCCAUGAACUCCCUUACUACUCUCUUGCAAAACGACGAUGUUCAGCCUCGUCUUCCUCUUCUGAUCAAGUCCAUGGAAGACCCCUCAACUCAAAGUCUGCAAAAGGCCAUUCACGCCCUCUCGCAAACCACCUUUGUUGCCAUCGUCACCUCUCCCGUCCUCGCCGUCCUUACUCCCCUCCUCGAACGUUCUCUCAACAGCCCCAGCACUUCCCAAGAAGUCACUCGUCAAACAGUCGUCGUUGUUGAAAACUUGACCAAGCUCGUUCACGACCCCGUCGAGGCCAGAUCUUUCCUUCCCAAGCUCUUGCCCGGUACCAAGGCCGUCCGCGACAGAGCCUCUCUUCCCGAGGUUCGCGAGAUUGCUCAGAGAGCACUCGAUGUCAUUGAAAAGGCCAUGGGCCAGCAAAACAAUGGUGACCAUUCCGAGUCUGGCCGUACCAUUCCUGAAGAUGUUAGCAAGAUUUUGGAAAAGGAGACACAAGCAAAUGGCGGUCUUAUCCAAAUCCCUGGUGACGCCGAGAUUUGGAACUUGGCCAAGCCUUACCUUUCAACCAUGGUUGCAGAGGAUGCCACUGAUCGCAAGCUUAACCGCAUCACUGGCAACAUUGCUCCUUACAUGGCUCCCCUCAUGGAGCAAGGCAAGGCCGAUGCUGUUGCCGAGGCCGUCUUCAAGUUCUACACUGCCGAAGACGAGCGCAAGUUUGGUGCUCCUCCACCUCUCGAGGAUGGUGAGGUUGAAAUUGUCAAUGCCACCUUCUCUCUUGGUUAUGGUGGUAUGCUUUUGCUUUCUCACACCAACCUUCGUCUGCUCAAGGGUCACCGUUACGGUCUUUGUGGUAGAAACGGUGCUGGCAAGUCCACCUUGAUGCGCUCCAUUGCCAAUGGCAAGCUCGAGGGUUUCCCUCCUCAAGAAGAGGUUCGCACCUGCUUCGUCGAGCACAACCAGGGUGAGGAUGCUGAUCUUACCAUUCUCAACUAUUGUUUGAAGGAUCCCGAACUCCAGGCCGAAGGUCAAGACAGAAUUGUGGCUGUCCUCGAGGAGGUUGGUUUCUCUUCUGGUCCCACUGGACGUCAAUCCGAAAAGGUUGGUUCCCUUUCUGGUGGUUGGAAGAUGAAGCUCGCCUUGGCUAGAGCCAUGUUGAUGCGCGCCGACGUCUUCCUUCUCGAUGAACCUACCAACCAUUUGGAUGUUGCCAACGUCAAGUGGCUCCAAGAGUACCUCAAGACCCACACCGACAUUACUUCUUUGAUUGUUUCUCACGAUUCUGGUUUCCUCGACGAGGUCUGUACCGACAUCAUCCACUACGAGCAAAAGAAGCUUGUCAACUACAAGGGUAACCUUGCUGCUUUCGUCAAGCAAAAGCCCGAAGCUGGUGCAUACUACACUCUCUCCGCUUCCCAGGUUCAAUUCAAGUUCCCUCCUCCUGGUAUUUUGACUGGUGUCAAGUCCAACACUAGAAGCAUUCUCCGCAUGACUGACUGCAACUUCACUUACCCUGGAGCUUCCAAGCCUUCGCUCCAGGGCGUCAGCUGUCAAUUGUCGCUUUCUUCAAGAGUUGCCAUUAUCGGUGCCAACGGUGCUGGUAAAUCUACCCUCAUCAAGUUGCUCACUGGUGAAACCAUUCCCCAGACCGGCAAGGUCGAGAAGCACCCCAACUUGCGUAUCGGUUACAUCAAGCAGCACGCUCUUGAGCACGUCGAAAUGCACUUGGAAAAGACUCCCAACCAAUACCUGCAAUGGCGUUAUGCCAACGGUGAUGACCGUGAGGUCCUGAUGAAGGGAACCCGUCAAUUGACCGAAGAAGACAAGGCUCAAAUGGAGAAGUUCGUCGACCUCGGCCCUGGCAUGGGUGAGCGCAGAAUCGAGUCCAUCAUUGGUAGACAAAAGUGGAAGAAGUCGUUCCAGUACGAAAUCAAGUGGGUUGGUAUGCUCCCCAAGUACAACACCAUGAUUUCUCGCGAGACCCUCAUGGAUCUUGGCUUCCAGAAGCUCAUUCAAGAGUUUGAUGACCACGAGGCUAGCAGAGAAGGUCUUGGUUUCCGUCAACUCGAACCCAAGGUCAUUUCCAAGCACUUCGAGGAUGUUGGUCUUGACCCCGAAAUUGCCAACCACAAUGAAAUCAGCGGCUUGUCUGGUGGCCAAAAGGUCAAGGUCGUCCUUGCUGGUGCCAUGUGGAACAACCCUCACUUGCUCGUUCUCGACGAGCCUACCAACUUCUUGGACAGAGACUCUCUCGGUGGUCUCGCCGUUGCCAUCCGUGACUACAAGGGUGGUGUCGUCAUGAUUUCUCACAACGAAGAGUUUGUUGGUGCUCUCUGCCCCGAGCAGUGGCACGUUGCAGAUGGUCGUCUGACUCAAAAGGGCAAUGUCGCCAUCUCGCUCGACCGCUUCGAGGAUUCUUCCAAGCCUGGCUCAUCUGUUGCCAGCUCAGUCGUCAGCUCCGCCGUAGCUUCUACUGUUGGCACACCAACUCAGAGUGAUGUCGAAGGCGGUGGUGGUGACAUGGCUUUCAGAGCCAGAAAGAAGAAGAAGAUGACCAAGAAGGAGUUGAAGGAGAGAGAGGUCCGCAGAAGACUGCGUCACAUUGAGUGGCUCAACAGUCCCAAGGGAACUCCUCACCCUCCUGACAGUGACGACGAGUAA